AUGUCGGAUGGUGCAGCCGUUCCAGCAACGGCUGCAGGGUCAACGGGUGAAACAGACACCCUGGAGGAGACCGCGCAGCAAAGGGAAGAACGUCAGUUUCAGGCGGCCUCUGCUGCCACCACGCUGUCACGUCGCCUCUCGAAACAGCAGAGGAAGUCAGCCGCCGCGUCAAAGGUCCCUGCGGUGAGGUCCGAUUUCUUCGUAGAAUGCCCGGGAUGCCCCGAGGCGCAGCCAAAGCCUCGACAGAGCAAAAGCGAGACAGGCCUGAUGGCUCUGAUGGAGGACAUCCUCCCCAGCAAUUGUGUGCUUCGAAGGAAUGGCUGUUGGCCAAAGAAGAAAGCGAAAAGAACGGUGAAGUAA